UUUCGAACUUUCUAAAAGAUUUGUAAUUUAUAUGUAAAUUAAAUUACAGUUAAAAAAGUGUGCCUAAUCACUUAACAUAAAAUAAGCUUAUUUGUUAAUGUCUGUAACAGUGUUCCUCCAAUUAUUUUACAUGAAACUUUAAAAAGAUAAAUACUAGAAAGGUUCUCAUUUUUUUGGGGACAUAUCUGAUCGGAUUACUUUAAUUACUUCCAUCGUGGGUACAAACGCUUUUAGGGUUGGUUUGUAAAAUUACUAAAGAACGCUAACAUAUAUGUUAUUUUAUAUAUAAAAAUACAAUCCUAAGACAUUAAAAAUGGCUGAAGAGAAGGUUCAAAUGCGAAAGCAACUCGGUUUGCUUGAGGGAGUGGCUAUUAUUUUGGGAAUUAUUUUUGGAAGUGGAAUAUUUAUAUCUCCCAAAGAAGUUUUAGAAAAAACUGGAUCUGUUUGGGGUGCUUUGACAGUGUGGGCAGCGUGCGGUGUACUUGCAACUCUUGGUGCAAUGUCUUAUGCCGAAUUAGGUACGGCUCUUGCUCAGAGUGGUGGUGACUAUCACUAUAUCCAUGAAGCUUUUGGACCAUUACCAGCUUUUUUAUAUUUGUGGGAUGCUAAUAUUGUCUUUGUGCCUAGUACCAAUGCCAUCAUGUCAGUAACAUUUGCUAACAAUCUUCUGGAACCUAUAUUUCCCAAUUGCCCAAUUGAUCCACUUUGUCAAAAAUUAAUAGCAGCAGUAACCAUAUGUUUACUAACAUUUAUCAAUGCAUAUGAUGUAAAAUUCACAACUCGCAUCCAAAAUGUAUUUAUGUUUACAAAAAUUGCGGCACUUUUAAUAAUUAUCCUUGGAGGAAUAGCGUGGAUGUGUCAAGGUAGGUUAGAACAUUUUGAAGAUGGCUGGGCAGGUACAAAAACCUCUGUUAGUGAUUGGUCUGUUGCAUUCUACUCUGGAAUAUUCUCAUAUUCGGGCUGGAAUUACCUUAACUUUAUGACAGAAGAACUUCGCGACCCGUUCGUGAAUCUACCAAGGGCCAUCUACAUAUCUUUACCGCUUGUUACUGGGAUAUACCUUUUGGCCAAUAUUUCUUACUUUGCUGUAUUGGGACCAGUCGGAGUUAGAGCAACAGAGGCCAUUGCUGUUGAUUUCGCAGUAGUGGCUUUGGGGUGGCUAAAAUGGGCAAUGCCGACAUUGGUGGCUAUUGCUAUUCUCGGUGGCCUUUCCGUACAUAUCAUGACGUCAUCACGUAUGUGCUUCGCGGGAGCAAGAAAUGGGCAUAUGCCAGAGCUUUUGGCCCAUAUAAAUGUUAAAUGUAUGUCACCUAUGCCUUCACUCGUGUUUUUGAUGUUAAUAUCUCUAAUAAUGUUAAUACCGAGCAACUUGACGUCGCUUAUUACAUAUUGUACAGUCGUCGAGUCGUUCUUUACACUAUUGAGUUGUAGCGCAGUCCUCUGGCUUAGAUACAAGAAACCGGAAUUAGUCAGGCCUAUAAAGGUAUCUCUUUGGAUGCCGAUCAUAUUCGUAGCAGUCCUCCUAGUUUUGAUGAUAGUUCCUGUUGUGAGUGAGCCGGUUGCUGUAAUAGCUGGUGCUUUAAUCACGCUCGCUGGUGUACCUGUUUACUUGGUCCUGGUCCGUGAUCAACCCAAGUACUUGGCUGAUGUUUCUGUGAAAUUUACUCAUGUCUGUCAGAAAUUAUUCCUGACUGCAGUUGAAGAAAAGGAUGAGUAAGGUGUCAUACGCUUAGCGUUACUUGUAGCAGUUUAUACGUAAUUGAAGUUUUCGUGUUAAGGACAAUCGAAUAAUUUUUAUUAUAUAAAAGUCAUGAAAGAUGUUCACUGAAGAUCUAAUAUUUAUUAAUCUUCAAAAAGUAGGGAUUUUAAUUAAUUAAGAACGUAUUAAUACACAACUAAAGUUUUGUAACCUCUUACUUUUGCCCUUGCACAAGAAAACAAACAAAACACGAUAUAGAGACUCGGCCAACGGGCACAAACGGCUACGUAUUGAUUAUAAUUGUUAAUAAAAUGUAUCUUAAAGUAUUAAAUGGAAUCUCAAAUUUUUACAAUUAUGUUAUAACUAGCACAAUCGCAUCCAGCAUAUGCUCAAAGUUUUAUAAAAAAGGUGAUAAAAAUCCUCACAUGACAAUAAAAUGUCACCCGAGUAUAGGCCACACGAAUUUAUCAGAUCAAGCGGUGUAGAAAGUUGUGUUUGUCUUAUAACUUAUCACAAUUUACUCAGUGCCUUACAGAGUAGGAACAUUUUUAUCCAAAAAUGCAGUAACAAAUUCAGGAAUUAAUUAUUAAGAGCUUAUACAAUUUUCAUACUUUUGAUACGCGUUUGAUAAAAUCGCAAGGCGUCAAAAAAUUCUGUCACAUCUCGCGUUAUAUGCCAAUUGUCAGCCGUUAAAUUAUUUCUUACGAUAAAUUAGCUUAGCGACCCACAGUGAGUCUUGAUCUCUGAAACUUUAGGACGCCACCUGAUAAUGAUAGAUUAAAAUUAUUUAAAAAUGCAACACAGAUUUAAAACUUCCCGAAAAGAUAACAAUUGAUUCUAUGAAGCAGGGUAAGAUUCAGAGUCGAAGCCGAACGCGAACUAUGAGCGAUUACCUACUCUAGACUUAAAGUCAUACCUUAUGACCUUUUUUACCGGCUGAUUGGGUGCAUGGUAAAAUUUAAAUGUGUACUAGAGUAACCGUUAACAUGGCGGUGUGAACAUAGCUUUAUAUACCUAAGGAAAAAGUUCCCGUCAUAAAUAGAUAAAGGAUACAAUUUUUAUCAAAAAUAAACAAUCUACUCUAAUGUUAACAUUAUUUUGUGUGAUUUUAUAAAACUGCUUUGCUUAGAUUACUUUUGAACUAACAUAGUGGCACUAUGGAAUUUAUAAAUACAAAAUUUCAUAGAACUAGCGCGAGUAGGUACAAAUUGUAUUACUUACAAGUAUGAUCAUAGAUUUAAGCCGAAGUUUGAGGCUAUAAAUUAUUUUAGGAUUCAUAAAACUUUAAUUAAAGUUUCAGGUAUGUAUUUAGAUUUUUAUUGAGUGCCAUUGUUGCUGUUUCCGUAACAAAAAUGUGCCAAGUUUGUUGUUGUUUUUUUUUAAAUUAAAUUAUACGAAAUAAAGCUGGA